UUCAAUCACCGCCUAUUUUAUUUAACUUUUUUUUUUUCUUCUUCCCCUUCUUCUUCUUCUUGUAAAAACAACCCCGUCCAACUUUCAUCAUGAAAGAAGUAGAUCCUAUUGCUUUUACCGUCGAACUAGGCAAAUUAUAUGAACUAUCCAAAAAAUCAGGCAACGUGUCUGUCACUAUGAAAAGAAUGAAUGUUCAUCGGUUAAAACAUCUGGUAAGGGACAAGAAAACCAUGCCCAAGGGAGGUGAUCUUGUAGUAGAAGGUCAAUCAAAAGAAUACCCAACACUUGUGCGAGCCACUUAUAAGAAUACAAAACUUAGUACCUUGGUAUCACCUGAUGAUUUCAAUAAAUUCCAAACUUCCUAUGCUACUGUCAUUCGAGCCUAUAUGGAUACAUUGAAGAAAAAGGAUCGCUCCAAAAAGAACAAGAAACAAAAGAACUAACAGUGAUCAACAUCAUCCUCCUUCCCCCUUUUUAUGACUCUUGUAAAUAGUAUAGUCGUCUUUUUUUUAUUUUUGUCAACAUCAAUAAAAAAAAAACUUUUAUUCAUAACAGAAAGUUAUAUGAAUAUGAUAGAUAAACGAAAUGAAAAAAAAAAA